CAUGGACAACACGUCCAAUAAACUCACCCUAGACCGAACCCGCCCCGACGUUGUGUUAACCGUAGUGGGAACGAAUACGUUGUGAUUUGUUUUGAGUGUGACGUCACUAGUGCAAGCUGUGAACGUAAACGCAUAAAAUUGGUGUUUUGAGUGCACUAUGAGGUUGUUUACAACGUUAUGAAUGGUUUGGACCGCUGCUUCUUCGAUCAACGUGAGUCGCAACAACAUGGGGAUGAUUGCAGCUAUAGUUAUAUAAGCCUGGGCCGGCUGCACCCGUACGGCUCGGGCAGCGGCAGCGGUUCCAGCAGCGGAAGCGGGCGGCGGCGCGCGCGCAGCGGCCUUUCCGACUCGCCGACCGCUCCCGCUACGCCCACGUCGGCAUCCGACAACGCGUCCGACGCAACCCUCACGGACUCGGAGUUGCCGCUUGCUAGGGAUUCCACCCUGCUGCAUAACGGAAUGCUGAGGUCCACAUUCGACCGACCAGACCACGAACGGUGUCUACUGGAAGGUUCGCGUCUCCCGCCCGAUGUGCCGCCUCGCAACCCGACCAUGUCUCGGCUGAACGGUCGCAUCACCGGGAACCCUGCGGAUUUAGGCGACUUCGAACCCUCCUGCCUCGUUCGCACACCUUCCGGUAACUUCUACGUGCCUUCAGGUGAAUGGGAUAUUCAAAAGAAUCCGUCUAUGGACUACAAGUCAAACUCAUCGUGUAGUAGUCCAGGGAAACCAGAAAAGAGCACGUUAGAAAGAAUGGAGCGGUCAGACCGGCCGCACCCAACCUUCGGGACCCCUGUUCCAGUCCUCCCUGUGAGGAAUAACCUCCGAUCCUCAAACUUUCCCUCAGCCGGAUCGCGGUUUCACUUCCGAAAAGGCCUGUCCUCAAGGUGCUCGUGGAAGUGUACCGCUAUUGUAUUUAUAAUACUAUUUGUUGUAUUGUUAGCCAUCGCGUCUUAUAUAACAGCGUCGUAUUUUGUUAACUGGACGUAUCAAAACCCCAAAUCAUGUACAGUAGUCGUCGGGGAACCAACAGAAGUGUUUCCGGCAUCAAAAGCAACAUCACUGGAGUUCGCCAAUAAAACAAUGGCGAGGCCGCAUCAAAGUUUGCCAACUAUAGGCACAGGUGCGCGAACGUUCCCCGCGCAAACAUUUCCACCAGACGGAACGACGUUCAAACAAAUUACUUUAGGUGAAAAAUUAUCAAAAGAAAUCCCUCCAUAUAGCUACUGGAAUAUGCAGUUUUAUCAAACUCAAGCAAGUUACGUGAAGUUUGACUACAUGAUACCCCGAGGAGCUUCUAUAGGCGUAUACGCGAGAAGAAACGCUUUACCGACACAUACGCAAUAUCAUAUCUUGGAAGUUCUCAGCGGUUUCAAGGCUAGAACAACAAGAACAUCACAUCCUUCCAUCAAGAAAGAAGUAACGCACUAUAUGGAACAAGGCCAUUGGUUCUUAUCUCUGUACAACGACGACGGCGACCCACAAGAAAUCUCUUUUAUUGCAAUGAUAGCUGAUGAAAUGACGCACAAUUGUCCUAACGGAUGCUCAGGGAAAGGAGAGUGUCUCAUGGGCCAUUGUCAGUGCCAAGCUGGUUUCGGAGGCGACGACUGUAGCAAGAGUGUAUGUCCAGUUCUUUGUAGUCAACGAGGCGAGUACAUCAACGGCGAGUGUCAAUGUAACCCUGGCUGGAAAGGCAAGGAAUGUUCUUUACGACAUGACGAAUGCGAAGUUCCUGAUUGCAAUGGUCAUGGGCAUUGUGUCAAUGGAAAAUGUUCCUGUGUUAGAGGAUACAAAGGGAAAUUCUGCGGAGAUAUUGACUGUCCUCACCCAACUUGCUCCGGCCAUGGUUUUUGUAUUGAAGGCUCCUGUAUUUGCAAGAAAGGUUGGAAAGGUAUUGACUGUGCAACAAUGGACAAGGAUGCACUUCAAUGUCUUCCGGACUGUUCUGGACAUGGCACCUUUGACGUUGAUACGCAAACAUGCACUUGUCACGCUAGAUGGUCCGGUGAUGACUGUUCUAAAGAAAUUUGUGAUCUUGAUUGCGGUUUACACGGAAGAUGUGUGGGAGAGUCCUGUGUGUGUGAUCCCGGUUGGACUGGAGAAUUUUGUACAUCCAAACUAUGUGAUGCUCGGUGUAGUGAUCAUGGUCAAUGUAAGAACGGCACUUGUCUCUGCGUGUCUGGUUGGAAUGGCCGUCAUUGCACUUUGGAAGGCUGUCCACGAGGUUGCGCAGGUCACGGACAGUGUAAAGUCGCUAAUGACGGUCAAUGGUCCUGCAAAUGCUUCGAUGGAUGGGACGGCCCAGACUGCACGACCCUUAAAGAACAAAUCUGUGACGAUGGAAAAGAUAAUGACAAAGAUGGCCUUGUUGACUGCGAGGAUCCAGAGUGCUGCUUAAGCCCCAUUUGUAAAGGUAGUCAGCUCUGUGUGUCGUCACCGAAGCCUACAGAUAUUCUUCUUAGGAAACAACCUCCUGCGAUCACAGCAUCAUUCUUCGAACGGAUGAAGUUCAUCAUAGAUGAAGGUAGUCUUCAAAACUACGCAAAGCAGGAGAACUUCAACGAAAGUCGUUCAGCUGUAGUCCGUGGUCGAGUUGUCACCUUACUUGGAACUGGUCUGGUUGGUGUCAGAGUGUCUACUGAUACACCUCUAGAAGGGUUCACUCUGACCAGAGAAGAUGGCUGGUUUGAUCUCCUCGUGAAUGGUGGUGGCGCUGUUACAUUAAACUUUGGAAGAGCACCAUUUAAAAGGGCAACGAAGGUCGUCUACGUGCCUUGGAAUGAGGUUGUAAUUAUCGAUACAGUUUUAAUGACGACAAUGGAUGAGAAGAUCAACAUGGGUCCUCCACAAGCUUGUCUUGCUCAUGACUAUGAUACGAUGAAACCAGUUGUGCUAGCUACAUGGAAACACGGCUUCCAGGGAGCUUGUCCAGACAAAAGCGCCAUUUUGGCUGAAUCUCAAGUUAUCCAAGAAAGUCUCGAAAUCCCUGGGACUGGUUUACAUCUGGUUUAUCACAGUUCUAGGGCAGCCGGCUAUCUUUCUACCAUACAACUCCAACUUACUCCUGAAAAAAUACCAUCCACUUUGGCUCUUAUCCACCUUAGAAUAACAAUAGAAGGAAUCCUCUUCAAGAAAACUUUCGAAGCUGAUCCAGUUAUUAAAUUCACAUAUCCGUGGAACCGCCUGAAUGUGUACAAGCAAAGGGUGUACGGUGUUACGACAGCACUUGUGAAAGUUGGAUACCAAUACACCGAUUGUAAGGAUAUCAUUUGGAAUGUGCAAACGACCAAACUGAGUGGGCAGGACAUGAGUAUAUCGGAUGUUGGUGGAUGGAAUUUGGAUAUCCACCAUAGAUACAACUUCCAUGAAGGUAUCUUGCAAAAGGGAGAUGGAACUAACGUCUACUUGAAACAUAAACCUCGUGUAAUCAUAACGACGAUGGGCGAUGGCCGCCAACGUGAACUAGAAUGUGGAGACGAUUGCUCAGGAGUUGCUUCUAGGCAAAGACUUUUAGCACCAGUAGCAUUAGCUGCGGCUCCUGAUGGUUCUAUUUUCGUAGGAGAUUUUAAUCUUGUCCGGAAGAUCAGUCCUGACGGAACUGUGCGAACAGUGGUGAAGUUGAAUGCCACUCGAGUCUCUUAUCGGUACCACAUGGCCCUGUCUCCUCUUGACGGCAAUUUGUACAUCUCAGACCCUGAAUCUCAUCAAAUCAUUAGAGUUCGAAACACCGAGGACUUUAGCGACCCUGAACAUAACUGGGAAACUGUUGUCGGUUCCGGGGAGAGAUGUUUGCCAGGCGAUGAAGCCCACUGUGGCGAUGGAGCACUAGCACGAGAUGCUAAGCUCGCCUAUCCCAAAGGAGUCGCCGUUUCCAUCGAUAACAUUGUCUAUUUUGCUGAUGGUACGAAUAUCCGAAUGGUAGAUAGAGACGGUAUUAUUACUACCAUCAUCGGCAACCACAUGCAUAGAGCACACUGGAAACCCAUACCCUGUGAGGGCACACUUAGCGUUGAAGAAGUCCACUUACGUUGGCCCACAGAACUUGCCAUCAACCCAUUAGACAACAGUCUGCAUAUCAUCGACGAUCACAUGAUUUUACAAAUGGCACCUGACGGUCGAGUAAAAGUAAUUGCAGGAAGACCUCUUCAUUGUCCUUCACCCAUGACCGGUAUUGAUGUUGAGUUGGCAACAUACGCAACAUUAGUCAUGCCACAGAGUAUCGCUUUCGGUUCGGCAGGAGACCUGUACGUAGCUGAAAGUGACUCACAAAGAAUAAAUCGAGUUCGUUUAAUUACUACAGAUGGCAAAAUUUCUCUGUAUGCUGGCGCUGAAUCAAAAUGUAAUUGCUUAGAAAGGGGAUGCGACUGCUUUGAGGCUGAUCACUUCUUAGCCUCGAACUCGAAGUUUAACACAAUAUCUGCUGUCAUAGUUAGUCCUGAUGGCAUCGUUCAUAUUGCAGAUCAGGCAAACUACAGAAUUCGAUCAGUAAUGGCUAGCAUACCGGACGCUAGUGGCGCUAGGGAAUACGAAAUCUAUUCACCUGACACACAAGAAAUUUACAUCUUCAACAGAUUCGGCCAGCAUAUAACGAGCAGGAAUAUCUUGACUGGUGAGAACAAUUACGUAUUCACCUACACCGUUAACACCAGCAACGGAAAACUUAGCACCGUUACUGACGCAGCUGGCAACAAAGUGUUCCUACUUAGAGACUACUCCACCUCAGUUAACUCUAUCGAAAACACUAAAGGGCAGAAAUGUAGGCUUAAGAUGUCAAGGAUGAAAAUGCUUCAAGAACUAAGAACUCCUGACAACUUCAAUGUUACCUUUGAUUAUUAUGGCCCAAGCGGAUUACUCAAGUCAAAAUACGACAGCACAGGAAGAAGUUACGUGUACAAAUAUGAUGAAUUCGGUCGUCUAACAUCAGCUGUGACCCCCACUGGCAGAAUCAUCAAUCUGAACUUUGAUUUGAGUCUCAAGGGCGCCACUGUCCGAAUUACUGAAAACAAUAAGAAGCCUAUUUCGAUAUUGAUAAAGGGAUCAUCGGUUAAUACUCGUACAGGCGAAGCAGAACAGAAAACUAUUAUUUCUUCUGAUAGCAGCAUUUCCUCUAGCAUGCCUUGGGGUCACGUUAUAUCUACGGACACCGUGCCCUACACUGUUUUAGCAGAGAUUGACCCCAUUCUAGGAGAAAGCUUCCCUAUUCCCGCGAAACAGCGAACCGAAGUUGGCGGCGACUUAGCGAAUAGAUUCGAAUGGCGAUAUUUCUUACGAAAACUUCUAAACAAAGCAAGAACUGGAAAAUCCAUCGCACAAGUUGGACGUAAACUUAGAAUAAACGGUGAAAACUUACUGACUUUAGAGUACGACAGAGACUCGUCAACUAUUGCCGUCUUUAUGGACGACAAGGUAGAACUCUUGAACGUUACUUAUGACAGAACCGCAAGACCAGUGAGAUUUGGACCCAGUAACGGAAUUUUCGCUGAAGUUGUGCUUGACUACGACAGAUUUAACAGGUUAACUAAAUGGAGUUGGGGUGAUCUAAAUGAAACGUAUGGUUUCGACCGGGCUGGCAGGCUGAAUGAGAUUCGCUACGGUGAUGGCUCGUCUUUAGCUUACUCCUUCCGAGAUAUGUUCACAUCACUACCACUAAAAGUAACAACCCCAAGAGGUAGUGAUUAUUUACUAGACUAUGAUGACUCUGGCGCACUGCAAAAUCUAACCACUCCAAGAGGUCAUAUUCACACGUUUGCUCUUAUGACAUCGCUGGGCUAUUUCAAAUACCAGUAUUUCUCCCCAAUGAAUCGACAUCCUUACGAAAUAUUAUACAAUGAUGAUGGUAACAUACUCUCUAAAAUUUUCCCUCACCAGUCUGGUAAAAUUGUAUACGUGUAUGAUAACAGUGGAAAGUUAGAAAUGGUACUGGCAGGUGCUUCGGCUAUUCGCUAUGUAUACCACGAAAACACUCACCUUGUAAAGAAUGUUGAGAUUACGGAUUCCGACUACGAACUAAGACAAGAUUACAAAUAUCAUGCUGGUAUUCUGAAAGAUCAGAAAAUGAAGUUCAGUCCAAAGAGCAAUCUAAAUAACGCUCAUUUCAAAUAUCAAUACGAUGGCAACGCCAGGCUUUCCACAAUUGAUGUAAAUAUCAAUAGCAAAGAAAUGCCACAACUAAGAAUGAAAUACAAUCAAAACUUAGGAAUUCUUGAAGCCCUCAGUGACUUGAGGAUAUACAGAAACACGUUCAAUAGAUCAGUAAUGCAAGAUACAAGUAAACAAUACUUCACAAUUACGGAUUAUGACGACCGUGGCAGAGUCAAGACCAUCCUGAUGAACAUCAAAGCCUUCGACGUGUUUCGACUUGAACUUGAAUAUGACUCACGAAACAGGAUCAAAUCGAAAAAGACAAUGAUUGGCGAUACUUCAUCGAACGAACGAAUUAGUUACAACUACGAUGGACACUUGAUGGAAGUUGUAGGAUCUGAAGAUGAUUGGAAAUACGUGUACGAUGAGAAUGGCAACGUGAUUGGGGUCAUCGAACACGGAGAGAAACGUUACCUUGGCUACGACAUCGGAGAUCGGGUUGUCCAGUACAGCGACGUAGAAUACAGCAGCUACGAUGGUCGAGGUUUCGUUAUAAGACGAGGCGAACAAAAAUACAGGUACAAUUCUCGAGGUCAGUUCGUUCACGCAUCUGAAAGGGACAAGUUCCAAAUGUGGUAUUACUACGACGAUAGGAGUAGAUUGAUAGCAUGGAGGGACGACAAGAGUAAUGUCACUCAAUUCUUCUAUGCCAACCCGCAGACACCGAACUUGGUAACACACGUCCACUUCACGAAAUCUGGCAAAACAGUACGGUACCUAUACGACCAGAGAGACUUCUUGACGUGCAUUGAAACAGACGAUCAGCGAUUCUAUGUUGCUACCGAUCAAAAUGGUUCACCUCUCGUAGUAUUUGAUGUAAAUGGAGAGAUCGUGAAAGAAAUCAAACGCUCGCCUUUCGGAAAGAUUGUAAAAGACACGAACCCAGAGUUUUAUAUUCCUGUGGACUUCCAAGGAGGCAUAUACGACGAUUACACUAAUCUGAUUUACUUAGAUGGCCGUUUAUACGAUCCUGUUGUUGGUCAAUGGAUGACUCCCAGCUGGGAACAUCUGGCUAGCAAGCUUCAUCUUCCUACAGAUAUCUUUAUCUAUAGAUUUAAGAAUAACGAUCCAAUCAAUAGAAAUCAGAACACUCCUUAUAUGACGGACUUGGGCAGCUGGCUUCAACUUUAUGGAUACGACCUCAACAAGAUGAUGGGAUCCAGAUACAUCACGAAUAUGAUCUUCCAGCCGAAAGUAGAACUAACUGCACCAAGAUUGACUCCUGAUUUCGAAGUUUUGUCUGGAUUGCAAUGCAUAAUUGAAAAGAUAAGCCACAAACUCGCAGACAUGAACUUUGUCCCAACGCCGCUUUUGAAAAUGGAACCAAUCACAAGAAACCUACUGCCACGAGUGUCAUACAAACGUGGAGUUUUCGGUGAAGGAGUUUUAAUAUCAAGGGUCGAUGGCAAAGCACUAAUCAGUGUAGUUGACGGAGCAAACAAUGUCGUAGAAGAUGUGAUCACUACUGUAUUCAAUAAUUCGUACUUCUUAGAUGUUCACUUCAACAUCCACGAUCAAGAUGUAUUCUACUUCGUAAAGGAUAAUACGCUGAAGAUCAGAGACGACUUGGAAGAACUCAGGAGGCUCUCCGGUAAAUUCAAUGUGUCGCAAGAUGAAACUAAUGAUCAAGGAUUAGAGGUCCGAGUGCACGCUGUUGGAAAAGGUUCAGCGCAAGCAGUCAUCGUCCUCAGAUACGGUGUGGAUCCUAACCAAGAGCGCAUCAAACUUCUAAAACACGCACAUAAACGAGCAGCAGCCAGGGCUUGGGAACGCGAGAAGGCUCUGGUUGCAGCCGGUUGGGAGGGCAGAGGUUCUUGGACGGAAGAAGAGAAAGAAGAACUUAUAUCACACGGAAUCGUGGACGGCUGGGUAGCCAGAGACGUCCAUUCCGUAUCUAAGUACCCUCAACUAGCCGACGACCCCGCGAACAUCGUGUUUGUACGCGACAGUAGAAGAAAACGAAGAAAGAGUGGGAGAGCGCGACACCGCUCAUAAUUUUAACGUGCCAUAAAUCAACGCCAUUUUGAUUUCCAGAUUUGACACUGGCUAUUCUUUUAGGAAUAGCAGUUUCAAAUGUGGAACGCCGGUAUUUAGUUCUUAAAUAUUUUUUUAUAGGACUGAUGAAGUGUUUAUACGUGAAUAGGAAUGACGGGUGAGGCUCCUGUGAUCGGUGUGUUACUGAUGGUUGCGAAAAAUAGGAGCUAUUGCUAGGACUGAGUGGGGAAAAAGUUUUGUAAUGUUAGUUUACGGUUAGGUUAAGAUUGACUGGAGACCGAAAGAUAUUUUUUGUUAAAAGUAUGUUUAUUUUCGUUACGUACUUAUGCGUUACAAAGCUCAUUACUUUACUUGCUUUAUGCCCUUCGUCGUUGAACUGAACUGAAUCUCGUAACAACUCACUACAGGGUACCGAGUCAUAAAUAAAUAAAUCUAAAUAAUAAAAGAAUAAUAAUAACGUGACUAACUGAGCAUAAUACUUAUAAAAUCAUGGAUCCAAAAUACUCAAUACGCAAUCACAAUUUAAACUUUUUUAUUAUUUCAAUGAAAUAUUUUUUUAUCAAUUAUUAUUUGAUAACGCUAACUAUACGUAAAUAAAUCAAGUAGGAUGUUAUUAUUUAUCACAAAAUCCAUAUAUUCCUAUUAAGUUUUAGCCAAAUAUUUUGUUCUAUCCUUACAUAUUUUAGGUAUUUGUAAAUAAAAAACAUAUAUUUUAUUCUUGUAGUUGUUCCUUUUAUAGACCUAAGGUCUUUUUACUUCGCAAUACUAACACUAUUUAGCAAUAAUUUUGUAUUUUAUAUCCUCUAAUGUAUCUGAAUCUUUAAAUUUAAUGACAUCCAUAUUUUCUGCUUGUUAUGGAACCACGUUAUCGCCGACUGCCUUCUAAAGUUGUUACAUAAAAUUUGUAAGAGAUCAGAUCCCAUGUUGGCGUGAACUUGUCAUUUAAAUAUUCCUUAUAUUGUAAUCAUACCUAUACUUAUUUUUGUUAACCGAAGAUUAAAUAAUAUCUUGAGUAAUUUGCAAUGUAGAUAGAUGUCAUUUAAAAAAUUCUUGUACUUUCAAGUGACGCCAAAAGCUAAUGGUAGGGAAAAAGGUUUGCUUGAACUCCAGCUUACUGACGAGGAAAUGAAAGUACACCUGAAUAUCCAAGCAGCGCCUAUCAUAAUGGUCAUACAAACAAAUAGAACACAAGUACACAACACGGCCGACUUAGAAAGACUGACUAGACUUUCACUUGAAAUGUCAAGAAAACUUUUAUGUUCACUCUUCGUUAGUUCUUUUAUUGAAUUAAAAAAAAAGAAAAAAAUGGUACCGCCCCAAAAAAAUUUCAACUUUAUUCCCAUUAGACGUGUUUUUCAGUAAAGUAGUAACGCCUUUUUAUCCGAACGGAGCGACAGAGUUCUAUGUAGCUUAAAUAAUCCCAACAGUAGCUUGGCAAAGUAAAAUAAAAAUAAAAAAUAGUCUAAAUAAAAUCGAAACUAAUUAAAGUUACAGUCAACGUAAUACGUACAUUCUGCAUGUGUUGUGCAAUAAUCGAACAGUAGAUCUUAUCGUAACCGUUUAGGAACAAACUUCUUGCUGACUUAACAGAACGUUUACUAGAGACUGAAUUAUUGUUUCCGCUCCUCCGCGUAGCCGCCCGGCCAUGUUACCCGCUCCUCUAGACGCCAUGACGCCAGUGAUGCGGCGUAACAUGAGCAGCGCAGUUGCAAAUGUUAAUACUAUUGUGAUUCGUAGGAUGUUUCCUCAACGAUAAGUCAGCGAGAAGCACAAAUUGUAAUUAAAAAGUAGAUAUUUAUAGUAUAUGUCCAUAAAUGUGUCUCAUUUAAAAUGUGGUGUCUAUUCUGUGUUAGAGAUACUUUAAUGAUAGGUGACUAAGUGGCCGGUGAUAGGAUGAGAAUAUUUUUUACAAAAAAAAAGUAUAGAUUUGGUGAAGUAAAUUCAAAAUUCAAAUCUAUCGGGUCGGGCGCCGAAGGCCCGCGCGUUGGUGAUAUUUUGGAAAAUGUGACUAAAAGAAGCAAUACUGUAAUGUAAUACGUCUUACUCUUUAUUUAGAACUUUAAGGUGUAUUUUUAUUUGAAAUUAAUUAAUAAUAUAAUAAUAUAUCUAUUGUGAAUGUAGUUAUUGAUUUCAUGGUGAUAUUUAGAGCGGUAUGUUAUCUUUUUUAUGAUGUAUAAAGAAUUCUAAUUUGUAAAUAGGUACUUAAUUGAGUAUGUAAUCUGUAAAAAUAUUGUACAUAUCUUUACGCUUGAAUUAUUUAUAAUGUAACCCGAUAAGGAUUUUAGGAUAAUGAUGAAUUGUAAUAUAUCAUAAUUGAAGGGAUUUUACCGAGAGGUUUUUAUCGUUUGGAUAUAGACUGAACAAUAAAUAAAUGGUAACGUUUGAUGUAUAUCCAAACGGCUUUCCGACUGUCGCGUGAAAUGAGGUUAUCAACCUUUUGGCGGGAAAAUCGUUUUGAGUGACAGCUCUUGACAUCCAUAGACUUCAGCUUCUAGAUUUCUUUAGAGAGCUUACAGUGUACGAUCUUCACACGAAGCAUUUACAUGUAGAACUGAUUUCCUCGUAAUGCAUUUAAUUUGUAUGUAGAUAUGGUGCAUAGACCCCAUUAAAAUACUCUGAAUGUGUAUAGAUAGUCAACAGUCAUACUCUGUUAGUCGGGAGAGUGCGUGCUGACCACGCGAGCAUGUACGAUAAUAAUAGAAAGUAUUCUAAUGGAAUAUGUAAUAAAAGUAUUAAAAUAUAACAUACUGGUUUCAUUUUCACCCUUUACAUAAAUAAAUAAAAACAAAGUUUGCAUUAUAAAAAUAAUUUAUUUCAGUAUAGAAAUAAAUUCAAGUGCUUAUAUACAACUAGUGAUAUGUUUCACAAUGGAAUAGACUCGUUUAAACCAACAAAUCAACAAUAGUUAUAUACAAAAAAUAUUAGCACAACGAAUAUAUCUUUUCUAUAAUAUUACUACACACAUAGCCUAUGUUGUACAAAAUGCGAAGUGACAGCUUCAACGACAAUCAAAGCAUUUUCUAAUUCAACGGUUCUGUUAUACGAAAAAGGUUAAUCGAAUGUAUAAACGUUCAGUUUUUAAAUUUAAUUCAUUAUUCUUUGCUUCAUAAAUCAAAUAACAUUUAUUAUACAUGGAUCAAAUUAAUACUGAUAAUUUAAAAGAAGAUAUUUUGCUGGUACAUUAUUUUCAUCAAAAAGUAUAACAUUUUUUAUUCUUCUUACAUUAUGAUAUAUGUUAUAGUACCUCCUGUUAGAUUUUCCUUGAACCUCAUUGGUAAAACAGACUGACCUAUUUUAUAAAAUAAAACGCUGUCUUUUCCGACAGACUAGUAAAACUAUUGUGUUAAUUAAAAUGUAUUUUUGAUUAAUAUUUUUUAUUGAAUGAAUAUAAGCAAAAAGUAUCUUCUCAAAUAUUCUAAUAUAAAGCAGAUUCAGAAUUUAAUAGGUGGACGGAUCGUGCCCUUAGAAUUAACCAUUGCCGUACAACAGAAUCGACUAACAUAAUAAUUUGGCAAAUAUUACCUAACCAUGGUCACGGUAAUACAAUUUAAUCAUACAAAACAAUUCAUCACUUGCAUAUAACAUCUACCGUGACCAUAUUUCAUACAAAAAAGACCAUUCAAUGGCUACUAAGGCCUACCUUUGCCUCUUAAAGCGCGUAUUAAAAAUACAUCCUAAUUUAACAUUUGGAAGUCAUUAUAGACGCCUAACUACAAAUUUAUAUGACAUAAAUAUUUGCUACUACAACUACAUACAUUAACAGUUUACAUUUUAAAACUACUAUUACACUGUUAUUUUUUAUUUAUUCAUAAAAUUACAUCGAUAAAUAUGAAUAUGUGUCUACCGCAUCGGGGUUCAACAGACUCAAUAAGAUAUUUAGUAUACAAAGAACAAGUUUUCAACCGCAUAACAGUUUCAUUGCAUAUAUAUAUCGCGAGACAAAACAGCAAGAAUCAUUGCUUUUAUUCGGUUUCUUGUUUGACAAAACUAUGCAAUGAAAAAGAAACACGGUUUCACCCUAAUGCGUCCGGGGACGAAAAAAGGUUUAUUAUUUUCAGAAAAGUUUUUUAAUCUGCUUUUGUUAAUACUUUGCCUGUCAUAAAAUUCUUAAAUGCUCUGUUCACUAGUGGGCAGUGACCAAUUCUUAAAUAAUAUGUAUCUAAAACAAGCAUAAGCAUAUUAUUAAUAUUUUUAUGAAUAAGUCUGUUUCAUUUACCUACACUUUAAUUUACAUAGAUAAUACCACAAUACCUAUCUUUAACAGAAUAUUAUUUGAAUUUUAAUAAAUAAAGUCUGUCUAAGAUGACUAAUAUCGUUUUCAACUUUUGUAACGAAAAUGCAACAAAAAAAUAAUGCCAUAUUACAAUUAUUAUGCUAAAUGCGUUAUCAACCUAAAGCCACCAAAAACCAACCUUAUUGGCACAGAAUAGGGAUGGAGUUUAAACAAAUAUCUAAAAUAAAAUAUUGGCUAUUUGUUGACAGUCAGGAAUAUAUUAGGACCGUCGUAAUUUGCGAAUAUCGUCAUUAUUUUAUAAGGAGAAAGUCUUAUUUUAGAUUGACAUAUUUUGCCAUAAAGACUAGAUUAACUUAAAUAUUGUCAACAAGCCUAAUUGGAUCAGUUUCUAUAGACAUAGUUUUGUUUUUGAAGAAAAGCCUCUUCGCAUAUUAUGGCAGUUUCAAAAUAUAUUUACACAUGGAGAAAAUAACUAUUUUUGGACAAUUAUAUACAUACCUACAAACAUUAUAAUAAUAAUUAUAAAACACCAAUAAUUUUAACACUGGUCAUAAAAAUAUCGGCAUUUCAAUAUUUAAUUUUAUUAUAUUAAAAUAGUGCGUUAUUUAAAAAAAGAACUUUUUUCAACAUCAUAAUACAAAAUCAGUCAUAUUGAAAUAGGUUCGAGCACAUAAAAAUAGUUUUCAUAUCAAAUAUGUCACUAGGCAUAGAAUUUAAAUACAUUAUAUCAAAAGGUUUUUUUAAAAAAAACAGGUUAAAUAUAAUUUAUUGAAAAUAACGAUUUACUCUCUAGCUACUAAGCUCUACUAAUUUUAAGUCAAAACGGGACCCUUAUUCAUGAGCAGCGUGCACGUCCCGGCGACGUCGCGCUUAAUUUAUUAACGUGAGUAAGUAGUUAGUUAGUAAUUUAAGUUAUUUUCAAUAAAUUCCCAAAGUACGCCUCAAGAUAGUUACUAUUCAAAAUUAAAAAUAAGUUAAAUAUAGGACAAAAAAUUAUUAUGGUUUUAUAAUACAAAUUAGUAAUAGCACCAAGAAUUUACUAUUUUUUCCCUAAACAUACUGUCAUCACGAGCUUAUGGAGUCGUGAGAUUCAAGAUAUUAUUAUUUUAUACAUUAAAUUAAGUGUGGUAAUGGAAUGUUUGUGAUGAAU